AUGGAUUUAGGUGAAAAUGAAGAACAGGACGGUCUGGAUGCAGAUGAAAAUGUUGAAGAAAAAUAUCAAGGAGAAAAUGGCUUCUUUAAUAUCUACUUCCCUAAGUUUGAGACGGGUGAGACUGUAUUUAGUGACGAAGGACAGGAACAGGACAUGGACCCUCUCCUCAAUGACCUGGACCAACUAGCCAGGCCCCAUGAGAUGAUAGGACUCUGCCGGCGAGCAUAUGAUUCCGAAGUACAAGAGAUUUCCAGAAUGCAAAUUGCAUUAAUGGAAUAUUUCGAAAAAUGGAAAAAACAGAAUCGAGUAAAAGAGAAGCAUGCUUUCAGUCUUUGGAGUGACGUUAAAAAAAUGAUUUCGGAAAUUCUAGAAGACGAAGAAAGACAAUACAAUAAACUUUUUAGGGGACUAAUCAUAAGAAAUGACUUGACGAAGCGUGACUAUGUGAAUUUCUUGGGUAAUUUCAGGAGGGAGCUUGCUGUAUUGAGACAAACGUUAGAGAAUUUCGCAAAGAAGAAAAUUGGGAAAGGAAUGAUUCCAGGAGGCAACAAUUAG